AUUUCUGAAGACAUGGCCACAGAACACAUUAAUGGGAAUGGUACAGAAGAGCCGAUGGACACGUCUGCUGCAGUUACCCAUUCUGACCACUUCAACACUUUAGUAGAAGCUGGUCUACCACAGAAAGUUGCUGAAAAGCUAGAUGAAAUUUACCUGGCAGGCCUCGUGGAGCACAGUGACCUGGAUGAGAGGGCCAUUGAAGCUCUGAAGGAGUUCGAUGAGGAAGGGGCACUGCAAGUUCUGGUCCAGUUCAAAGAGAGCGACCUGUCCCAUGUGCAGAACAAAAGUGCCUUUCUCUGUGGAGUGAUGAAGACCUACAGACAGAGAGAGAAACAGGGGACCAAAGUCGUAGAUUCCACGAAAGGACCAGAUGAAGCAAAGAUUAAGACGCUGCUGGAGAGGACGGGCUACACUCUUGAUGUCACUACAGGUCAGCGCAAGUACGGCGGUCCUCCUCCGGAGACGGUGUACACCGGAGCUCAGCCCACGGUCGGGACAGAGAUCUUUGUGGGGAAGAUCCCGAGGGACUUGUUUGAAGAUGAGCUGGUGCCUCUGUUUGAGAAGGCCGGGCCGAUCUGGGACCUGCGUCUGAUGAUGGAUCCUCUGAGCGGCCUGAACCGCGGCUACGCCUUCCUCACCUUCUGCACUAAAGAGGCUGCGCAGGAGGCCGUCAAGCUAUGUAACAAUCAUGAGAUUCGCCCGGGCAAACAAAUCGGCGUGUGUAUAUCAGUGGCAAACAACAGACUCUUCGUGGGCUCCAUUCCCAAGAGCAAGACGAAAGAACAGAUCGUUGAAGAGUUUUCUAAAGUCACAGAGGGUCUUACUGACGUCAUCCUCUACCAUCAGCCGGAUGAUAAGAGGAAGAACAGGGGCUUCUGUUUCCUGGAGUACGAGGACCACAAAACGGCAGCACAGGCUCGACGGAGGCUCAUGAGCGGGAAGGUGAAGGUCUGGGGGAAUGUGGUCACCGUCGAGUGGGCCGACCCCAUUGAGGAUCCUGACCCGGAGGUCAUGGCAAAGGUGAAAGUGUUGUUCGUCAGGAACCUGGCAAACAGCGUCACGGAGGAAAUACUUGAAAAAGCGUUCGGCCAGUUUGGCAAACUGGAGCGAGUGAAGAAACUGAAGGACUACGCCUUCAUUCACUUUGACGAGAGAGAUGGAGCGGUCAAGGCGCUGGCAGAGAUGAACGGUAAAGAUUUAGAGGGAGAACACAUUGAGAUCGUGUUCGCCAAGCCACCGGACCAGAAGCGGAAAGAGAGGAAGGCACAGCGUCAAGCAGCGAAGACACACAUGUAUGAUGAUUACUACUACUACGGGCCUCCUCAGAUGCCGCCUCCUGCCAGGGGCCGGGGCAGAGGUGCCAGUCGGGGCGGUUACUCCUACCCUCCUGACUAUUACGGCUACGAAGAUUACUACGACUAUUAUGGUUACGAUUACGAUUACCAUAACUACAGGGGUGGCUAUGAUGACCCGUACUUCGGCUACGAUGACUACCAGGCGCCCGCUCGAGGCAGAGGGGUGCGCGGCGGGGCUCGAGGCGGGGGCAGAGGGGCCGGCGCUCCACGGGGCCGGCCGGGCUUCCCUCAGCGCGGAGGUCUGGGGGCCAGCAGGGGCCCACGCGGAGGAGCCAGAGGCGGGGUUCUGCCGAGAGGCCGCGGGGUACGUGCUGCUCGGGGUGGACGCGGUGGAAAUGUAGGAGGCAAGCGCAAAGCCGAUGGCUACACCCAGCCAGAUUCCAAACGGCGCCAGACCAUUAAUCAGAACUGGGGCUCGCAACCCAUUGCACAGCAACCCUUGCACGGUGGCGAUCAUUCUGGGGAGCGGGGUGGAGGCUGGUCCUGACAUGUCCCAGUGAAGACUGACCAGCUCCCAUCAGGUGGGGUCACCAGGUGCUGUCGGCGGAGGGGUGUGAGGUGCGGUCCACGCUCCAGCUCGGCUCCUGCCUUACCCAAGCAGAUCUACUCCACGAUCGACAUCAACGCAGUGUCACGAUUACACGAGUGUGUGUGUGUGUGUGUGUGUGGACUCUUCUUUGUGUUUCGUUUUCUUUUGUUUUUGUAUUUAAUUUUUAAGUUUAUGAGAGUGUCCCAGAACCCUUGUGUCCUGAGAGAAACGCCAUUUACCGUGGAAGUAGCCCAAAGGAGUUUUAUCCUUAACGUUACAUGUAUUUUGCACUUUGUGGAUGUGUGAAGUGGCUUGGAGGAGCUUGAUGCUGUUGUAUAUUUGUGUAUUUUUAACUGGAGCUUAUCAUGAGGACGAACAUGUUAAGCUUGUAUUUGAGUCUUGCCUCUUUUUUUAGUUUUUCUUCAGUUGUUACACCCUGGCGUGACUGACCAGGCAUUCCAGGUGCAAAUGGUUCUUUUCUGAACCUUUUUUUAGGGUGUUUUUUUGGAAAGGGUUGGUUAACUACCUCAUCCUGGAGGCUGAAACUGCCCUAUCUGUACUGUACAUACGGAGACUUAAUGCAAGCAGGGCUUUUUAUAUUCAACUUAUGCACAAGGGCACCAUCAGAGCCAAUGUACCUAGUGUAUUAUAGUCCUUUUGUAAUGAUGCUGGACAGUCAGACUGGGCAUGUGAAUGACACUUAUGUGAUGAGUCUAAAGAAGCCUUGCCUGAGCGAGUCCUGCCUCUGAGGAUGUAGUUACAGCUCGAGAGACCGGUCAGGAGGAUGAUACUUGUGUGUGUGUAAAGGCUUGAACUUGAGGAAGAAUAUACUUUAAUAAGCUUUAGCUGUGUUUCUCAGACCCCCGCCCCAAAUGAACUGGUUUUAAAACUUUUUUUGUUUGUUUUAAAGAGAUAAUUCACCCAAAAAUGAAAAUGUGAUGUUUAUCUGCUUACCCCCAGUGCAUCCCAGAAGUAGGAGACUCUUCAGUAAACACAAACACAGUCAGUCAUAUAAUGGUUGUCAAUGGGCUCCAUGGCUUUGAGAGUAAAAACAAAAACAUAUACAAAUCAAAUUAAACCCUGCGGCUCAUGAUACAUUGAGAUCUUAAGACAUGAAACGAUCUGAAACUAAACAGUAUUUAGAUGUUAUACUGACCUGAGCGCACGACGCGUGUACUUGCUCUGGCAUAGUAGACAUAUUAGAUAAAUACUGUUCAGUUUCUUGCACAGACCAAUCAUUUCAUGUCUUAAGAUCUCAAUGUAUCAUGAGCCGCAGGGUUUAAUUUGUUUUUGUUUAGUCUUGAAGCCGUGGAACCCAUUGACUGCCAUUAUAAACCAAAGUCACCUACAUCUGGGAUGCCCUGAGGGUAAGCAGAUAAACAUCACAUUUUCAUUUUUGGGUGAACAAUCCCUUUAAGAAGAUGCAGCCCGUGUUGAUGGCUGCUUUAUCAAUUUUGAAACCAACACCAUCCCUUUUGUGAACUACAUGCCGCUUAGGCAUACACAAAUCACCAUAGUUUUUAAAGGUAAGUCCAGAGAUUCACCUGCACAUGGACAUCGUUCUGAUAGCCGUUCAGAUCAAUCCGCUGCUUCCUCGUUCUCUCGAUGGAGGUGGUUAGGCUGGUCUGGCUGACAGGAGAUCAGCUGGGAUUGAUAUCUGUGCUUAAGCUUUGCUCCAUCUCCACCCUGGCGCUGAUUGUGGAUCAGACUGGACUGGUGAGAGCGUCAUGCCAUUCCCCGUUCAGUCUGUAUGAAGAGCUGUGCUCAGGGCGGGCAGGAUGUCUGAUAUCAGUGAACUGGGCACACCAUAGCUGCCUUUUCAUCACAUUUAAUGUGAUGGAUUAUUAAGAUAUGCAUCGUUUUGGGCAUGUUAUUGGUGACUUUAAUUCUCUUAAGCGCUUGUUACAGGGUUUAUACGUUUUUAAAGGGAUUCUGUUGAUGUUUCAGUUUCUUUAUUUUUUUGCCUCUUUAAAAGUAUUGACUGGAUUUUGAAUAUGACUGACUCCACGAUUAUUUCUGUAUCACCAUCAGACCAUUUUUAUAAAAAAUGGUGUUUUAAAGUACUGCUGCAUAACAAGUGUUUUUGCAUUCCUGCAAAUAAAUUUUGUAAAAUGAAAA